AUGGCUAAAAAUUUGGCCAUGAAUUUGGUCGAAAACAUAGCUCAUGAUCGUGUUGGUGAAAUUUCAGUUAUGCUAAUCGAUGAUGACAAUACAUCAAAUGCGUCUCUCAUUUCAAUGCUUGAAAAGUUUUCAUACAAAGUGACGAGCGUGAAAGUAGCGAGUGAAGCUGUACCGAUGAUCCAAAAACAAAAGGACAUCGAACUUGUCAUAGCCAACAUUGAAUUGUCUCACAUAAAUUCACAUCCAUUCCUCACCGCUUUGCUUUUAAAAGAUAUCCCUCUCAUAUUGAUCACUCCAGAGAUAAUGACCGAGAAAGCAUCAGAUGCUUUGACAAAGGCAUCUUGUUUCUGUUUGAAGAAACCAAUUUUGGAGAAUGAUAUCAAGAAUCUAUGGCAGCAUGUUUCACUCAAGAAGAGCCAAGUGUUUGAGAAAAUCAACAUAGCUGAAAAACAAAAGAGUGUUAUGGCUGAAAAUCAGAUUGAAGUUUUCAUGGAAAAUCUUAAGAGACCGCGAACAAGUCAAGCAUCUUUGCUUGGAAGACGAAAAUUUAUGAAAGCAUUCACAACUCCUGAAAUGUACCAACGGAGAAAAAGUGUAGAAAACGUUGAAUGGAAAACCAAACCGGUGUGUCCCAUUGUGAUUGAGAAUAAGAGAAGAGAAGGGAAGAAUGCGGAGAGCAAUGUUGGAAGUCGCUGUAAUUUAUGGACUCAUGAGCGUCACAUGAAAUUUUUAACUGCUAUCUCCAUCUUGGGUGAAAAACGUUCUCGUCCGAAAUCCAUACUGAAGAUUAUGAAUGACCCAGACUUGACUCAUCGUCAAGUUUCUAGCCAUCUUCAGAAAUACAAAACUCAAAUUGAGCAAAUCAAUGAAACAUUGCCGAAGAAAGAAUGGAUUUCGAAAGAGAAAACAUUCAAAUAUCCUUCAGACUACGAAUAUCCUUUCAAAGCAUCCAACUUAACGAAUAAUCUCAUUGAAAGUAACUCUUUGUGGUAUUCCCUGAAAAAGAAAAAGUUAUCAACAUCAUCUGCUCCACAAUUCUUCUUUGAAAAACCUUCAGAGACAAAGGCAAAGACACCAAAUAUUCAUGUAGGCGAGAAACUAGAUCUGAGUAAUCACUCACUUUUUAGUAACAUAUUAGAAAAUUCAUCCACUGAAGCUAGUUAUACUCCUUCAACCACAAGUAACAAUCCACCUUACAAAAUUCCUUCUACCAAAGAUGUUAAUCAUAGUGGUCUCCUUUCACCUAGCUUUAGUGGUGAUAAACUUCCUCGCCUCUCUAGUUUACCAUCAAGUGUUGGUGCAACCAACGCAGAAACAUUCCCGUUGGAAACUACGAUGAUUCAUUUUCCUAUCCCAAAUCCUGAACCAAUGCAAUCAUCUACUUAUGUUUUUGAAACCGAUAGGAACCCUCUAGAUAUAGACCCUAUUUCUAUCCUAAAUACUCAUGUUCCUCAAGCUGAUAUAAGCCCUAUAGGAGAAAACUAUUCUUUUCCAGGCAAUACCAUGAACCCUUUCGACACCAAUAUGGACCAAAUAGGUUGGGUUCCAUCACUAGAAGAAAAUAGUCAUCAGGAAACCAAUAUGAACCAUAUAGAUUUGAUCCCUUCAAUUGAAACCAAUACAGUAGAGAUGAGUUUGGGUCCUUAUUAUGACGAAGGUUAUGAUGUUCCAAUUGAAGAUCUCAUUUCUUUUGACAUCAAUGUCAAUGAGAUGGAUAUGAACGUUUGGUUGGAAAAUUAUGAUACUUCUGAGAGAAAUAUUCAUUUACCGACAAGUAAUCUCGGUAAUGAUAUUGUCUCAAAUACUCCAACCAACUCAAUCCCUCAGAUUUCUAUGGAGAGCCAAGAUAAUGCUCUCGCUAUGCAUCAAAGAGCAGGUAUGAAUGGAGAAGAAAAUUUUGAUAAUAAUCGCGAUAGCAUGGAUUGGAUCGACAAGGUACUGAAUGAAGAUUAA